AUGAUGGACAGGAGGGAAACAUUGGUUUCUGGAGAACGGAGGGAGUACAUGUCAAAAAAUAGGACCACACUGACCAGCAUGGUGAAAGCAACACUUAAGAAGGUCGGCAAGAUUCUGCGGAAAACUAAGCCCAGGAAGAAGAGAACUACGAUGUAUCCGAUCGUAACCUCUACACUCAAAUUUCAUAAAGAUGAUGACGUGGAUCCUGAAGAUGCUGGAUCUGCAUGCUGGGGCUGA